AUGGACACUUGGAGUCGGUACUGGGAGUCGAUACUAGGAGUCGAUCCAGGGAGUCGAUAUAGGGAGUCGAUACAGGGAGUCAAUACUGGGGUCGAUGCUUGGAUUCACUGCUUUGAUGGUGGUAGCCAGGCGGCAUCAAGCUG